UCCGCGUGACAUUGAUUCGGCAACAUGUCAAAAUGCGUCACAAACCGAAAAAGCGUAAGCCCGCGAUGAAAUUUCGAGACGUGGCAACGCAAACAGAACUGUUCAAUAUUUUGGAUCCGCGAGUCGUUCUGAACAGGCUGCAUCCUCAGGAGAUGGAUCAGAUAGAGACAAAAGCGGCAGGGAAGCCAACCGAAUCAUUAGUCACCGUACUCGAUAAGCCAGCAAGGCUUUCCAGGUUGCCGCAAAGCUACAGGCUAUUCGCGAAACCGAUAACGAAUAACGAAAACGCAAAUUCGACAUUACUGUUUGACGACGAAGACGACCUGACGAUUCACAACGUAGCGUUUGCGAAACCAGGACCGCUGUGUUAUAAAAAAGGAAUAUCGAAAAAGAUGAGCAGGAGUCUGGCGGCGCCCCAAGUCCGACACGAGCCUGAAGAGCGCGAAGAGAGAAAUCGCCUAGAGCCUGUCAUAGAAUCGUUUUCAGAGAGCUCGCAGGAAACUAUCAGCACGCCAGAUAUUCUGGAGUUGAACCUCAACGUCAGCAGCAUAGAGAGUAUGAUCGAGCAAGGCACACAGACGUUGGGCUCUUCCCAAGAAGACCACCCGGUAGAAGGCAAUGCACAGGAGAAACUACCAGAACCAAUAACGGAGCCGCAGAAUAACGAGGAGCCCUCGAUUCCCCGAAUUAACGAGGAGCCCGCAGCGCACAAUUGCUCGAACGGAGAGCCGAUUAGAGAGGAACCUAGAGGUGCCAACACAUCAUACAGGAUGAAGAUAAACGGAGUAGCAACAACGAUCACAGCCGGCGCUGGAGCAUCGACAGAAGAUUCCACAAGUGACGACAGCGACAACGAUGACAGAAAUCGCGGACGCAGAACAAAGUUCGUGAAAAUCAAGGCACAUACGGUUCAUAUUCACAAUCAUUUCUAUCAGAAAUGAACGUUAUUCUUUAGGAUAUAUCUGUUACAAUUUUAAUAAGCAUAUUUGUGGUAGAAAAGAAUAUAAUACACGUGUUUUAAUUUUGACA